AUGCCAUGUCACGCCGUACACCGUCGUGGGACCUUCGAUUUCAGGACGAUUAUUGCACCACCCAAUCUCUACUCCGACUUCUGGCUACGCACAAUCGCCUUUCCUUAUCCGAACGUCGCCAUGCCUCUCCCCACUCCGAUGACUAUUGUCGAGCACAACUGCAUUGUGCCUCUUCGUGAACAGCUGAAGGUGUUCGACCAACGCUGGUAA